AUGGAGGCCCGUCGCGCAGCGCUUCAGGAUGAGGAAAGUCGCGAGGCAUCUGACGUUGAGGCCCGUCACAAGGUGAAAGACACCGAAGUGCGUCAGAGAGAUCCGGGCACUGAGGAGCCUCACAAAGAGUUAGGGGCCGAGGCCCAUCGCAUAGCUAAGGACGCCGAGGUGGCCCUCGCUACCUGCCUGGCGCUCGUCACGUUAGCGGCCGUCCCGCUGCCGCCCCCGCCGCCGCCGGUGAGGCGGCCGAGCCCGUACUCGGCGUUCCGCAGUGUCCGACCUCCGGCGUGGUUCCGCGUGGAGCCCGCGCCCAGCCGCCAAACCGAGAGCUUCGUCGAGGUGCCGAACUUGCAGUCUCCCGGCGGAGACUUCGUGGGGCACCCUCUUGACUACGGCAGCAGCCUCAACUUCGGUGGCCCGCUCGCCACCACCGUGGGUAAAGUGAAGGUGCUGGACUACGCGAGCCGACUGAACGCCGAAGGGGGCAGCAGCAGCCGCUACGGCAAGCCACUCGUGAAGCCGUACGAGAGCAUCUACGAGAGCAAGUCGCAGGGCGCCCAGAAAUACGCGAAGAAGCAAAAGUCGUCGAGGCCCACUUGGCGGUCACAGCCGCGAGAGAGCAGUGAGAACGAGAUCGAAGGCUCGUCUAUCGGCGGCGGUGUCAAGGACGAAGCGACGCCGACGAUGCAGCCUUCUCCACUCGAGGACGACCAGCUGCCGCCCUUUGACUUCGCGACCUCCCGGAGCGGAGAGGAGUCGGCAGAGUCGCCUCUUCCUGAGACCGGCGAGAUGGCGGGCUUCUUCUUCUGAUGACCGUAUCGGUUGUCCGGCAGGGGAGGCCUUCCAUGCCCUUGUUGAUGUUUUUCGCCCGUGUUAAAAACGGAACGUGAAAGCAAAAGGCGACUGGGUCCUUGUGCCGUGGCGACAAAUCACUCUUUGUGACAAGGAUGUAUAGUGUUGUUGGGCGAGCUUUGUUUGACUGAAGUCAUGCUUUCCGUGGCUCCAGUUUGAAGAUUGUUUACGGGUGUAUGAAUGCUCUUCAGUGAUAAAGGCGCUUGGGCGGCUUUGAGCAGGGCCUCUUCCUACUGUACUCGUUUUGGGAACUAUAGCGCAGUUAUGAUGGCUUUGAUAGUCCGUCCGCUCGUUGGAGGCCUGAGCAGGCUAAUGGCGAUGGCGAGUGCGAUUACAUAGGCGUUUAUCGAUUGAACCGUCAUUAUAUUUGCGAAAUUGACGGCUUUGAGUGUAAAUGACCUGUCUUCUCGCACAAUAUGACUUUUCACGUGGGUGUCUUGGCUCAAAACUGUGGUGCAAAAUAGAAAGCUAGAAGGAUGAAGACACCAUUGGCAGCACUGGUGUCUUUUCGUUUGCAUAAAAACCGUUGUGCGGCUAAAUAGAAGUAUGCCUGAUAGAGUACUCAAACACUGGCGAUGGUCUGUGAAUGUAUUAAGAUGGCCAGCAGUCCAGUACACCGUUCUUUGGAAUGUGCAAUAAUGUUGUUCAUUUCGUAGCUUCGUGAGUGUGAGUAGCGUUAACUAAAUUGAUGCAGUCAACGGCAGCCGAUAAACUACAAAUAACUAAUGCUUGGCUGAAGAGCAUUUAGUUCUAGAGACUGGAGGUAUAAAAAGUUGCUCUGAGAACAUAAUUAGGGGACAACCAAAUGGAAGUCUCUUCAGAAAACCUGAUGGUGUCGCGUGGUUCAGAACCGGCGCAUUAAUUCAUAUCUCUAUGUUUCAAAGCCUUGGUCUUCUCGCCUGCGAUUAAGAACGCAUUACUUAUGUGCCCAUACUACGUGUGGGGGCGGACGCACACGCUCAAAAAUGAUGUAGCAACAACCGUAGCGGCUUACCUUCACGUGAUGCGCGGUGAACAACCGUGUUGCAAUCUAGCGCUUUGACGCCUUGGCGCUUGAAUAGGCUUCGGGAUUUGUUUGCUAGUAAAAACAAAAAUGAAAAGGGAGGUAAGGU